UAUAGCUAUGUCUGUAAUUAUUCUCACUAUAAUAUUUUUUGUUUUCAUAGUAGCUUUGAUAGUGUUUCUGAUAACCCAAGAAUUCGUUAUGACAGACAUCUGUUAAGAGGAAAUACUCGAACUUUAACACGAAUAUCAGAAUUCACUCCAAUUGCUGCAAGAAAACAGAAAAAUCUUGAUUAUUUAUAUGAAUUUGAUGUUCAAACUCCACCACCUGUAGAAGGGAGACUUCAUAUUCCAAUUCAGACUGGAGUGUACUUAGAAGAACUGCAAAAAGUGGUUAAAGAAAGGGAUGUAGAAUGUCAGACUGAUGUCUUUUUAGAGAGACCUACCACACCAUUGUUUGUUCCUGCCAAAAUUGGUGUUGAUGUAGGAACUCAAAUUGAAGAUGAUGAAUUAUUUGAUUUUGAUACUGAAGUUAUUCCAGUAUUGGAUGCUUUUGUUGGUUAUAUAUUAGAACAAAGUUUGAUUGAAGUAAUCCAAGAAGAAGAAUUAGCAACAUUAAAAGAACAUCAAAGGAGAUUUGAGGAACUUAGAGCAUGCGAAUUAACAGAAAGACAACGUUUAGCAGAACAAGACAGAAGACUUCAAGAAGAAAGAGAAUACCGUGUAUUACAAAAUGAAGAAGCUGUUCAAAUAGAAGAGGAAACCGCUCAAAAAGUAGCAGCAAGAGCAUUUGCCAGAAAUUAUUUGAUAGAUUUAUUACCUUCAUUAUUUCAUAAACUGGAAGAGAUGGGCUUAUUUUAUGAUAAUAUACAACAAGAUAUUGAAGAGACAUUCUGGCCUUGGUUAAUGACUAAAGUAGAUGAAGAAAUUCUUUCUCUUUCCAAGACUUGUAAACUUCUAGACUGUAUGUAUUUUUGACUUUUAACAUACACAUUUUUUAUAUACUUUGAAAAUCGUUGAUCUUAUUGGCACAUUG